CGAGAGUAGUGCGAAGGGUCCUGGCUGCUACCAGCCAGUCAUCGUGAGGCCAGUGGGCUCGCACAGUGGCCCUCUCCUCCAAAAUGCCCUCUCGCGAGGUCGUGUCGCCGGAUCUCGACCUGCCUACCUCUCUUCCAUAUCAGUUUUCCAGAUCGAUCAUUGAGCCCUUGAUGUCCCUCCGAAAUUGAAAGCGCCUCCUCUUCCACCACAAAGCCAUCCACCCAGCCUUGCUCCUAUCUGCAAGACGGUUGACCGGAGGAUCCGGGCCCACUCUCACGCAGACGCAAGCACGCACACGACUUGCUGCAACUCCACCUUGAGCCGAGCCCUAUCCGCCUUCCGUACCCACCAUUCAUCACUCCUUGCUUCGCAGCCCAGCCCAGCCCAGCCCACGUCGUCAAGGCAUCCGCGGCAUGACCACCUUUACCCUCUCAUCCUUCCGCGAUCGUCCUCUUCAAGGUCGUGAUGAUUGUACAUUCUGCCAAAUCGCAUCCGGCUCCCAGCCCGCUCACCUAGUCUACGAAUCGGAACGAUGCCUUGCCUUUCUAGAUAUCCUGCCUAUCAGGAGGGGUCAUGUGCUCGUGGUGCCCAGGAGACAUGUGGACAAUCUGGCAGCGCUGAGUGUGGUUGAGAGCAAUGGGAGCAAGACGGGUGAGGCGGGUGAGGCCGAGGAGUUCAUUAGGGGACUGGUGGUGGUAACAAGAGGGGUCGGCAAGGCUCUGGAAGACGAUCGGUUACAAAUUAUCACGAAUCAGGUCUACGGUCAAGUCGUGCCGCAUCUUCAUUUUCACAUCGUCCCUGCACCCCCUUUGCCAGGUUCCACGCCCUCACUGUCGUCCUCAACAGCAUCCUCGCGGACGUCUCCGAAAAAGGAGACCCCUCCGCCACAACGCAGUCUCCUCCCCCUCAUCGGGCACGGUCGCGAUGAGCUCGAUGAUGACGAGGCGGUAGAGCUCGCGAGGCAAAUACGUGCGGCGGUCGACGAGGUGGUGAAGGAGGAGACUGCGAGAAGAACAGGCGGUCCGGAUGCCAAGUUGUGA